ACACACACACACACACACACACCAACCAUCAGCAGUGUCUGACGGCUGCAUCCUUUGCCGUAGCAACGCUGCUGCCGCUGCUGCUCCUUCCUCCUCCUCUUCUUCCUCGGCUGCAUCUGACAUCCAGGACUGCAGGACUCUUUUGUGUCUCCACAGGGGCUGUUGUCGUUUCUCCCCAUUGUUUUUUUUUUAUUAUUCAAAGGAAAAGAGAAAAAAGCAUGGACAUGAUGGGCAACAAAGAGCGACGAGGCGUGAAUCUGAGAGGCUUGCUGAGGAGGAACUGGCUGCUGAUAGCCACCGUUGUAUCGGUGCUGCUCGGGAUCUGUUUGGGCGUCCUGGUCAGAGAGUAUGCAUCCCUCUCCCAACUCGACAAGCAGUAUUUUGGCUUCCCAGGAGAGAUCCUAAUGCGAAUGCUGAAGCUGGUCAUCCUGCCGCUCAUCAUUUCCAGCAUGAUAACAGGUGUUGCAGCCCUGGACUCUGAGGUUUCAGGAAAGAUAGGUCUACGAGCUGUUAUUUAUUACUUCUCAACAACAGUCAUUGCAGUUAUUCUUGGAAUUAUUUUGGUGAUGACUAUCAAACCUGGAGUCUCUCAGACAGCUGAUAACAUUGACAGAACUGGGACCACGCCUAACGUCACUACAGUGGACACACUGCUGGACCUCGUCAGAAACAUGUUUCCAGAAAAUCUGGUGCAGGCUUGUUUUCAGCAGUACAAAACAAAACGCAAAGAAAUGGAGCCUGAGAAACUUUCAGUCAACACCACCACAAUUCCACCUCUUACAACUACUAUCAUGGCGGCAGUGGAGAACAUCACUAAGGAGUAUAUGAUCAUCGGCUCAUAUUCGGAUGGAAUCAACGUAUUGGGGCUUAUCGUGUUCUGCGUUGCUUUUGGCCUCGUCAUUGGGAAGAUGGGGGAAAAGGGUCGUAUCCUCCUGGAAUUUUUUGAUGCCCUGAAUGAAGCAACCAUGAAAUUGGUCCAGAUUAUUAUGUGCUACAUGCCCAUAGGGAUCCUGUUCCUCAUUGCUGCUAAGAUCAUUGAGGUGGAAGACUGGGACAUCUUCAAGAAAAUGGGCCUUUAUAUGGUGACGGUGCUGAGUGGGCUAGCUAUCCACGCCACCAUCUGUCUACCACUCAUCUUUUUCAUCAUCGUAAGGAAGAACCCGUAUACGUUUACACUGGGAAUGGCCCAGGCUCUGGUGACAGCUCUCAUGAUCUCCUCCAGCUCGGCUACCCUGCCCAUCACCUUCCGAUGUGCCGAGGAGAACAAUCGUAUCGACAAGAGGAUCACCCGCUUCGUCCUCCCAGUGGGUGCCACCAUUAACAUGGACGGGACGGCGUUGUAUGAAGCGGUGGCCGCCAUCUUCAUCGCACAGCUGAAUGACUUCACUCUAGAUGUGGGCCAGAUUGUUACUAUCAGUAUAACAGCAACAGUUGCCAGUAUUGGAGCAGCAGGAGUCCCUAACGCCGGGCUUGUCACCAUGGUGAUCGUCUUAACAGCUGUUGGAUUACCUGCAAAUGAUGUCACCCUGAUAGUCGCUGUGGAUUGGCUGCUGGAUCGGUUUCGCACUAUGAUCAACGUUCUCGGCGACGCUUACGGAGCCGGUAUCGUUCAGAAACUCUCCAGGAGGGAACUGGAGAGGAUGGAUCUGAUGUCAGACGUGGACGUCGCCAACCCUUUCGCUCUGGAAGCUACUUUGGACGAUGAAGAGUGUGAGAAGAAAUCCUAUGUCAACGGAGGCUUCACCGUUGACAAGACAGAUGCAAUCUCCUUCACGGAAACCUCCCAGUUUUAGCCUCUGGCUGGCUCAGAGGAGCAGAAAGUGCCACGCUGCUAUGGAUAUAAUGCAACCUUCCAUCAUGUAUCAACACCAUGACGAAAGAGUUUCCAACUAGAUCCAUCCAAGCUCCGACAUCAGCAAUAGCAGCCUCCAUUAAGCUUACCCAAGACGAUCGCCCUUCAUGUUGGACAUUUACAACCACCACUAGAUUAAAGUGCUUCCUUCUGAAACUCAAAUUGUGCCAAGAUUAAGAAAUGUCAGUUUUCUUUCGAAUAAGAGGGUGUCAAACAUGCACUCGAAAGAAGAGCUGUUUGUCUGUGUGAGUGCACGCAUGAGGAUGUUCUUUUUGGAUGUAUCUGAAGGGUGUGUAUGUAUUUUGCAAUUAAAUUUUGUGUCAAUUAAAUACUGUUUUAAAAAAAAUAUAUAUAUAUAUACACACACA